UUUAUUUAUGUUUAUUUACAAUUUUGUUUCCGAAUAUAUAUUUAGUUGUUACAAAUCAAAGCACAUAUAAGUCAUGCGGCACUUUCUGAAAAGUAUUAUAAAAAAUAUGGCUGGGCAAAUUUGAUGGUACGAGUUAUAUUUGAAGGCCAUUCAUUGAAUACAGAAGUGAUUAACUCAAAUUUAUCACCAUCAUGGAAUGUAUCAAUUUCGUCCGAACCAAUUAAAUUUACUCAAUAUGGAGAUGUUAUUGAAAAAUCUCCAAUGUAUGCAGUUAUCCAACUAUGUCACGUUAAAAUAAAAACAGACGGAUUGAUUGAAGAUGUAAUCGCCUUUGCUGUUAUUAAUUUGAAGGGAAUAGAAAUUACAACACGUUCAACAUUAGAUUGGAUUGAUAUUGUUGACAGCUCGGAAGAAAUUGCUAAAAUAUGUGUGGCUGUUGAAAUUAUUAAAGGAUCAAAUGAAUUGACAAAAACCGUCAACGGUUUGAACGUUCCCCUAUUGAAUCAUAUCCAACCAAAGCUCCAUAAUUAUCGAUAUUUUGAAAAAAAGUAUAAUACACUACCAGAUGACAACUUUGAAGAAGAUGAAAAUGAUUUUAACUGGUGGACAAAAUAUUAUGGAUUUAAAUACCAAAAGAAUAACAUGCAGAAGAAUAAACAUAAUAUUAUUAGUGCAUUUUCGAAAAUUCCAUGUAAAUUUCUUCCAUUUUGUACGUGCUGCAGAGAUCAAUCUAAUAAGAUCUAUCUUGCCAAACGUUAUUCAAAAAUAAAACCUUUAACAAUCUAUGAUAAAGAAUUAGAAUUUAUUCCUGAAUUUGGUAAAUUUGAAGACAAUAUAAGAAAAUUCAAAUUCUACGGCCUUAAAGGAGAUCAUAAAAAACCAAAAACUAUUGCUAUUUUAAAAGGGAAUAUACACUUAUAUCGCAACUCAGUUAGUAAUGAUGAACAAAGUGUUUCGAGAUCAAAAGAAUUUUACUUCUCCGGUAAAGAAUCUCAAUUUUGGCCACGAUUAAAAUUGAAUGCCAAAUGCAAUAUUAUUGUACGCGUAUACAUCUUGAGAGCACAUAAUUUACAUCCUAAAGACAUAAAUGGAUUGUCAGACCCAUACAUAAAAAUCUUAUUUGGAGAGUGCUAUAACAUUUCGGAUCAGAAGAAUCGCAUACCAAAAUCAUUAAAUCCUUUAUUUGGCAGAUGUUAUGAAAAAGAAGUUUCCUUACCAGAAUGUUCAAUUUUAAAAAUUAAAGUUAUGGAUUAUGAUAGAUUUAAAAAAGAUGAACUGAUCGGAGAAACGAUAAUAGAUAUUGAAGCAAGAUAUUUUAGCAAACACAGAGCUCACUGCGGUCUACCAAAGCAAUAUAACAAAGAUGGAUAUAACCGUUGGAGAGAUUGUGAAAGCCCGUCACAAAUUUUACAUAAGCUUUGUUUGUUCCAUACAUUAAAACCUCCAAUAUACACCGAAAAUAGCGUGAUAAUUGGUACUAAAAUAUUUAAUAAUGGCGGAAAAAAUAUAAAAGCUGAUAGACAAUCGUUGGCAUUGAAUGUAUUAAACCAUUGGCAAGAUAUGCCAGUUAUUGGAUAUCAUUUAGUGCCUGAACAUGUAGAAACAAGAACAUUAUUUAAUCCAAAAAUACCUAAUAUACAUCAAGGUACAUUAGAAAUGUGGGUCGAUAUGUUUUCUAAAAAUGAUAAUUUACCUGAAAUAGUAGAUGUGAAACCGCCGAUUGUUGAAAAUUAUGAGCUUCGUGUAAUAAUUUGGUCGGUCACGGAUGUAAAAUUAAUUGAUGACGAUUAUUUUACAGGAGAAAAACAUAGUGAUAUCUAUAUUAAAGGAUGGUUACCUAGUACAGAAAAACAAUCGACAGAUAUUCAUUAUCGAUCGUUAAACGGAGAGGGACUCUUCAAUUGGCGAUUUAAAUUCUUAUUUCUUUACAAUAAAAUAGAAAAUAUUAUAGUUCAAAAGAUAAAAAAUAUUUUUUCUAUAGACGGUGAAGAACAAAAAUUUUUACCUAGGCUCCAUCUUCAAAUUUGGGAUAACGACCAUUUAUCUCCCGAUUCUUACAUAGGUUUUUUAACAUUGGAUUUGUGGAAUAUGCCUCGUGGCACAAAAUCCUCAUGGCGAUGUACUACAUCCGAGAAAGUACCACGAAUAAAUUUGUUUAAAGUAAAAAAAACACGUGGCUGGUGGCCGUUCAUUUCCACGGAAAAUAAUAUAAAUUCAAUUGUAGGUAAAGUAGAUGCAGAAAUACAAAUAAUGACGAAGUUAGAAGCAGAUAAAUCACCAGUAGGGUUCGGUAGAGAUAAACCACAACCACUCUCAGUGCCAAAGAGACCUUCGAUCAAAUAUUUAAAGUCCAUUAUGGAACCAUUUAAAUUUAUGAUUAGCAAUGUAUUUGUAGCCAACAAAACAAAAUGUAUAUAUAUUGUGAUUAUUUUUUCCAUAUUAUUAUUUUUUAUGUUAUUUAUUUAUUCCAUUCCCGGAUACUUGAUAACAAACAUGUGUUUUAAUUGA